AUGGCCGAACAGCCUCGGCCCUACGCAGCCUUGUCAAACCGCAAGGACAAGGCUGCGGCGAUGCGCGUCCUUUCGAACAAAGACGCAUAUAAUUGCUUCGAUCCUGCGGAGCUGCCCCUGCAGAGAAUCUCAGAUAGUGCAGCUAUCAACUUUCUACAGCGUGAGGGCGAUCUCAACGGCACUCCAAGCCCUCGGAAGCAGAACAACUCCUCAAACCCCCCUGUCCUUGUCGCAGAUGGCCUCGAGGACGCUGGCAAGACAGAGGUCAUCCUUAACGUUCUAGAAAAAGCGAACCUACAACAUGCUUUGAUCAAAAGUAGGGAAUGCCUGACUCAGAGACACCUCCUUUCCAAGAUCUUUGCAUCCUGCAUUUCCGGGUUCGAACAAGAAUCCCACCUCGAGCAAUAUGACAGGGUUGACAGCAUCAAUGCCUUGCUGGCAAAUCUUCGCAGGCUUAAUGAAAGAGACGGGCAAAGAAAGUUCGUGGUCGUCAUUGAGGCCAUCGACAAGCUGAAGCAAGCCGGACCAACAUUACUUCCGGCACUUGCGCGACUAGGUGAUCAGGUCCCUAAUUUCUCGAUCCUCCUCACAUCGAGUUCUCCCAAGCCCCUCUUACUUCAUAAGCCCGGCGUUCCAUACGUCCACUUCCCUCCAUACACACGGUCCGAGGCACUGCGAAUCGUCGCUUCAAGACGACCGUCACCAUCUGCAUCAGAGCUUGGAAUGGAAGAACAGCACGCGGCCAGGCUCUACGCACAGUUCGCAAUUACGAUUUACGACUCGCUUCUCCUGGGCUCAACAUCAACAUCACCCACGAUGUUCGCAUCGCUUUGUGACAAGUUGUGGCCGACAUUCGUCCAGCCCAUCACUUUAGGCGAGCAACCACCGGGCACAGGCAAGACUAAAUGCUGGGACUUUGCGAAGCUCCUUGUCCGAGGUCGUUCGAUAUUCCAGCUUGAGGGUGAAAAGGCUCUGACUACAACCCUGCCUGUUGAAACUUCACGACAAGCCCGUCCUGCAGACGACCAGACGCAUAUGAAUGGAACGAAGCACAUCUCUAGUCGAGGCGAAAGUGCAUUGGCAAGGUCAUCCAUAUCAAAGACCUCUCAACUGCAACGACCACCGCUCUUGAAGCACUUCCCAACUCUUGUCCUUUUGUCUUGUUACCUUGCGAGUCACACUGCUCCUAAACACGACAUUUUACUAUUUUCGCGCCUCAGCUCCUCCUCGAGCGGAACGAGCAAGAAGAUCCGGAGGCUAAGACAGACGCCCACAAAGAAAAAGACCACUUCGGAACUUGCAACGCCGACCAAAUCGCGGAACAAAUCCAUUUUUGCCGUGACCGCCAAUCUAGGUAUACCCAAGUCAUUCUCCUUGGAGCGACUACUGGCUAUUCUCCGUGCCAUUCAUCCACAUGGCAUCCCAAAUCGCGCUGGAAACGUAGUGAGUGAUCGAGUGUACCGAGAGCUAGGUGAACUGGAGAAGUUGCGACUGGUUGUGCGAACAUCUGGAACAGGAAUAGGGGGUAUCUCAACAGUCAGUGGUACCAACAGUCUCGCCGCAGAUGACGUGACCGAAGAGAAAUGGAGGAUCAACGUUGGCAGAGAGUGGGUAGUUAGCAUGGGACACGUUUGGGGGAUGGGAGUUAACGAGUAUGAAGUUGAGCAAGAUCAAUAA